CUCGCUGCUGAAAAGCCUGCUGGAUCUUCUAGUGACCUGCUGUUCUUUCCUGCUUUCCUGUGUUUUUUUCCCUUCAGAUUUAGAUUAAAAACAAAGCUCUCUCUCUCACUGUUUUUUCUCCCUCUUCUUUUUCUUUUCUAUUCCAACUGACAAGCCAACCCUUCAGUUUCGGGUUCUGUGCUCUCCUAUAAGAAGAAGAGGGGAGUUACUGUAGAUUGUUGGUGUAUUUGGAUGGAGGAGUGUAGUGUUUGUAUCUUGUUGGUGAAGGAACAGGGAAGGGGGGGUACUUAGGUGUAACGCUCGAGUUUCACUGCCAUGUCAGUGCGCGUGGACUCUAACUGAUCACAGAGCGAGAGAGUCAGAGGGAAACGAGAGUGUGACUUUGGUUACACCGAGGAGACGGAAAGAAGGAAAAGGAGUUCGGGGAUCCGUUUUACCGUGAGACUUGUAGGAUGCACUGACGGACUGAGCUCUCCCAGCUGUGUCGACAGGUUCCCGUGUUGGAAAGACAGAGAGGAACAGAAAGAAGAGAAAAAAGCAGGACUGGGCAAGAGUGAGGACUACUCUUUCCAGCCUUGCCUGAGCCCAGACCAGAGCAGGGGGAGAGAUCUGGACUAAGCUGUGUUCCUGGUUGAGGGUAGAGGAGUGGAGGGCCAGGGGACGGGCUCUGACCUGGCCAUCAAACAGACCGUGAGCAUCUCCUCUCCUGGGACCAUGUACCCUCAGGGCAGGCAUCCGGUCCCUAUUCAGCCUGGCCAGUCUUUCAAGUUCACAGUCCUGGAGACCCUGGACCGCAUCAAGGAGGAGUUCCAGUUCCUCCAGGCUCAGUACCACAGCCUGAAACUGGAGUGUGAGAAGCUGGCCAGUGAGAAGACAGAGAUGCAGAGGACAACCUGGUUGUGGAUGUCUCUAACGAGGAGCCCACAUCCCCCGUGGGUAGCCCCCAUCACUCCCCCCACGGGAACGGUCUGGACCGGGCCCCCACCCUGAGGAAGGAGUUACCAGGGUCCCCCAGGAGCCCCGGGGAGGCCCCUUCCCCCCAACCACCACACAGCCCCACCCCAGGCAAGGCCAAGGACCCAGCACAGAUGGAGAAGUCUGGGUCGCCGUUGUCUAAGUCGAGCACCCCGUCCCCCUCUCACCGUGAGGCCCUUACCCCCGGCCCCGCCGGCCCCAGUACGUCCUGCCUCCGUCUGCUCAGCAAGGCUGCCUCCUCCGCUGACCCCCUGGCUCUCCGCAGUCCCCUGUCUGUGCCCCCCGGUUCAUACCCAGCUCACUUUGGGGUGGUGUCCCACGCAGGCCUCAACGGGGAGCUGGCUAGUCCCGGGGGCUUCGGGGCUGCCCUGACCCUCUCGCCCCAGAUCAGCACCGCCGCCAGCGUCUACACCCGCAGCCCCUUGUCUCUCCAGAUGGCGUAUGAGUCUCGGUCCCACCUCAGGGCCCCAGGGCUGUCCUCCUCACUGCCUGGUGGAUCCUCCGGGGGAAAACCUGCUUACUCUUUCCACGUCAGUGCGGAUGGACAGAUGCAACCGGUUCCUUUCCCUCCGGAUGCCCUGCUGGGCCCGGGCAUCCCACGACAUGCCCGUCAGAUCCACACUCUGAACCACGGAGAGGUGGUGUGUGCCGUCACCAUCAGCACCUCCACACGUCACGUCUACACCGGCGGCAAGGGCUGUGUCAAGGUGUGGGACAUCAGCCAGCCUGGCAGCAAGAGUGCCAUGGCCCAGCUCGACUGUCUGAACAGGGAUAACUACAUCCGCUCAUGUAAGAUUCUUCCUGAUGGGCGGACCCUCAUUGUUGGAGGCGAGGCCAGCACGUUGUCAAUCUGGGACUUGGCCACACCUACUCCCCGCAUCAAGGCGGAGUUGACGUCUUCUGCCCCGGCCUGCUACGCUCUGGCCAUCUCCCCCGACAACAAGGUCUGCUUCUCCUGCUGCAGUGACGGCAACAUCGUAGUCUGGGACCUGCACAACCAGACCCUGGUCAGGCAGUUCCAGGGUCACACUGACGGGGCCAGCUGUAUUGACAUCUCCAACGAUGGGACCAAACUGUGGACGGGGGGGCUGGACAACACAGUACGCUGCUGGGACCUGAGAGAGGGACGGCAGCUGCAGCAGCAUGACUUCACCUCACAGAUCUUCUCUCUGGGCUACUGUCCUACAGGAGAGUGGCUGGCAGUGGGCAUGGAGAGCAGUAAUGUAGAAGUGCUGCACGUCUCCAAACCAGACAAGUACCAGCUGCACCUCCACGAGAGCUGUGUGCUCUCACUCAAGUUCGCCUCCUGUGGGAAGUGGUUUGUGAGUACAGGGAAGGACAAUCUGCUGAAUGCGUGGAGGACGCCAUAUGGAGCCAGUAUUUUCCAGUCCAAGGAGUCCUCAUCGGUCCUGAGUUGUGACGUGUCACCAGAUGAUAAGUACAUAGUGACCGGUUCUGGAGACAAGAAGGCCACCGUGUAUGAGGUGGUCUACUGAGAACAGGAAAUAAGGGGGGUGAGGGAUUUUCAGAGGGGUGGGGGGGCUUGGCUGGGUGGGGUGUAGGGGGGACCUACUCAAGACCUACAGCAGGGCAGGUGGGGGCAACCAUGGUUCUUUUGUACAGAAGCAAUGCUUUCUGGCUCCAGCUCCCAAAGGACCCUACUACAACAGCCCCCCCCCCCCCCCCCCCCCAAUGUCAGUUAGCUGCUCAUCCCUGCACCCAUUUAAGCCUGAGGAUGAGGCAGGAUAGAAAGAGAGAGCAAGAGAAGGAAAGGCAGAGAGAUAAAGAGCAAGGUAGAGGGAGCGUGAGAGGGCUACAGAUAACGAGAGAAGGAAGGAAGGGGGGAGAGGAGGAGGGUAAUUAGUGCCGUUUCCUGAUUAAGAGCUCAGCGGAAGGGAAACCCCAGAGGAGCGUGCCACUCUGGGAGCUGCAGCGAGGAGCACAGAUACCAGACAAUCGAUUCAUUAGUCAGACAGUGGAACCCUUAAUGAGGCCAACGCCGCGCCACAGCUCCCCAGCCAGGGGUGUCAGGAGCGGCAAGCUAGCACCCUGAGCCGGCUUGGACUGGGCCGUGCUGGAGCUCUGCCCCAGAGAUAUACCCAAAACACAGAGAUAAACACUCACACAGCCUCGUACCCAAUUAAGUAUUCAUAGUAGCGCUCCCCGUCUCACUCCCCUAAUAUCUAUUUUAUUUUUGUCUCACAAAAGCAGCGCUUAAUGAGCAGAGUCAAUCUGAGUCUCAGUGGGCCCCUGUGCCACAAACACUGAACAGACGAGAGCAACACUGCGCUGUUCAUCUUAAUACUUACCAAUAGAUUGUUCUCCUGAGACUGCUCACUGCUUAAUGCUCAUUUAACUUCCCUGUAUUAUACGACAUGCUCCAAUGUGUGGCAAAUAAGGAAAUUAUAUUAUGUAUAUUGCAAAACCCUGCUUCGAUAGAACGUCACAAUCUUAAUGUGUAAAAAAAAAAUGUCUAAGUCAUGCUUUUAAGCUACUUUUAAGUCAUUUUGUUGCAGUAGUGGUUGCUUUGUUUUAAGAGGCUAUGGUUGCCUACGCCUGUACUCUGGCCUUUGAGAGCAAGACGGAUACACACACUCCAUGACCUAGUGGAAAAUAUAUUUGUCUUUUUAUUUUUUAAUCUGAUGUCCUUCUCCUCGGUGAUGGUGAUUGGCAGUGGACUCCACUACCCUUUCACAACAACACAAGGGCCCUGAAACUGGCCCUCCAUUUUGGGGAAGGCUUCUUCUGAUUCCUGUUUUUGUUCCUGUUUCAAGCAGAAGUGAUAACUGUACUUUAGUAUGUUUUCAGUCAGUGUGUAAUGCAAUUUCAAUGUUUGUUAAGUCUGUCAGUAUAGAGCAGCAGGUGUUGGGUCGUUUUGUGGGCAUGUUUGGGGAAAGGUGGAGACAGUGGGAAGUGUACAGUAUAAGAUGCCUGCCUCCCCACCUCACUGCCUGUCAGCCAUAGACAGGCUCCCUCUCCGCUCACUGUCAAUAAAACCAUAUCCGCUGCCUGUGCUUUCGCUGUUCCUACAGUGAAUUACUUAAGUUUUAAAGUUGUUCUCUUUUUAAAGCGAAGGAACUUUUAAAUGCUCUGUGUUUUCCUUCCUGACGCAUUUUCAAUGUUGUUGUAAAAGAAAUGAGAAAAAAAAUUAAAAAGUUGUGUUAAUCUUUUAA